AUGCUCAAGUUCUCCAUCAGCCGCACCGUCGCCACCCUUCCGCUCACGCUCUAUGCGCUCGGCCUCGCCUUCGGCCCGCUCUUCACGGCGCCACUCUCCGAAAUGCUCGGACGGCGGCCCAUCUACAUCACCUCUGUCGCGCUCCUCCUCGCCUUCACGGGCGGUGCUAGCGCUGCGCAAAAUCUGGCCACAUUGCUCGCAUGCCGCUUUCUGGCAGGCUUCUUCGGGUCUGCCGGUGUUGCUAUUGGCGCUGGCACACUGGCCGAUGUGUGGGAUGGGGACCCCGCCCAGGGCCCCGCGAGUAUCUUGUUCAUCCUGGGACCGUUCUUGGGGCCGACGCUGGCACCCAUAGCCAGCGCCUAUACGCUGCAUGACCGAGACAACGAUUGGCGCUGGACGCAGUGGCUGGUACUGUUGAUUGGUGCACCAGCCAUGGUGGGCGUGGUCCUGAUGAGCGAGACGUCGGUCGUGAAGCCAUCGUCCGAGAAGGCACAACAGCGUAUCAGCCUCGGCAGUUCCGUGCGCAUCCUCCGCACCGCCAUUGCGCGUCCGACGCGCAUGCUGUUCACCGAGAUCAUUGUCGCGUCGCUGACGCUGUACACGGCCUUCGCCUAUGCCAUGAUCUUCAGCUACUUCUCCAGCGCGUCUUACGUCCUGCCGCGCUAUUACGGCUUCAACAUCCGUGAGGUCGGCCUGAGCUUUAUCGCCGUCAUCAUCGGCUACCUCCUCGCUACCGUCCUGUUCGCCGUGUCUGACAAGACGCUAUAUGCGCGCGCGGCUGCGGAGGCUAGGGCCCAGGGAACACAGCCCAGUCCGAAACAUCGGCUAUACUCGGCCAUGGUAGGCAGUCUUUUGUUGCCUGUGGGUUUGUUCUGGUAUGCGUGGGAAGCUCAUGCCGGCGGCCACUGGGCUGCAUUGGUGGCGAGCGGCAUCCCUUUCGGCUUCGGCGCCUUUUCCCUCUUCGUCUCGGCGAUCGCUUACUUGGUCGAAGUAUACAAAGCAGGUGCUGCAGCAUCAGGUGAGUAUCCGUCCCCUCGCCAAUCAUGA